UACAAACCAAGAUGGCGGUGACCGAUGGAAAUUGGGAGUUUGAUAAGUUUGAUGAUGGAUCAACAAAGAUAGUUGGAGAGCUACAAUUGAAGAAGUAUGGGAUGUUUAUGGAGGAGUAUGCCACUCAGCUGAGGGAGAUCGAGGAUGCACUGGACGACUCGAUCGGGGAAUCAUGGGACUUUACGCUGGACCCCAUCGCACUUCAGCUGCUGCCGUACGAACAGACCAGUCUGCUUCAGUUGAUAAAAACAGACAACAAGAUCUUCAACAAAAUCAUCACUGUUUUAGCUUCGCUUUGUUCAGAAAUGAGCUCACUCAAACAUGAGGCAGAGAAUAAAUUCUUCAAUGCUCUCAUCUUCUAUGGAGAAGGAGAACCUGAGAAAGGUUUGGCAGAAGGAGACGCACAAGUGCAGAUAGGCCGAAUCAUGCCAUUAAUUCAGGAGUUGUCCUGCUUUGUGAAUAGAACGAAUGAAGUGGUCAAAAACGUGGUACAACAGUUUGCCUGUCUCUUCUCAGUAGUGAGAAAUGGUCCAAAGUUGUUGGAUGUAAGUGAUGUCCAUUUUCAAGUUGUGUAUGAGCAUUUGGGAGAUUUGCUCGGGGUGCUAAUUACACUGGAUGAAAUCAUUGAGAAUCAGGCAACUCUCCGAGACCACUGGACAUUAUACAAAAGAAUGCUGAAGUCUGUUCACCAUGAUCCGGGGAAGUUUGGGAUUGCCCCAGAGAAGAUUCGACCGUUUGAGAAGUUAAUCAUGAAGCUCGAGGGGCAGUUGUUGGAUGGGAGAAUAUUUCAGGACUGUGUGGAACAGCCAUUUGACACGCCCUCUGUGUUCGUCUCAAAGAACCCAAAUCUGGCGGAGGAAUUUGCUGUCAGCAUCAGGGAUUAUUUAAUGGAGCUUGAAGCCAGAAUUGGUGAAUCCAAUGAGAUGGACCAGAGAUUUAAAUUUGUAGGUCUGUGUGGGUUGUACAUUUUACAUUUCCAAAUCUUCAGAGUCAUUGACAAGAAGGUUUUUAAAAGUGUAUGGGAUGUGCAUAAAAAGAUCCCAGCUGUACACCUGAUUGGUAACAUUGUCUGGUUCCCGACCCAGUUCCUGCUGAGUAAGAUGCCACAGCUGGACAAGCUCUUGGACAGGAAGGCUAAGGAAGCAGUGACCUCCACAAGGUCAUCGUGGCUGUCCCAGCGGCAACAGCAGCUGACAAAGUCCAGAGAUGUACAGAACUUCCACACAGCCGUGAUGGCCUGGAUGGUGGAGAUGGAGUCCAGCAUGUCCAAAUCGAACUCCCUAAUGGAGGACCUCAACAGCAGAUGUGUUCUCUUCAUUCAGGGAGUCCUCCAUGCAUACAACAUAAGUCACUUGGUGAGAACCACCAUGAACCUCCACGUGGCCAUGUCUAAACCUAUGACAAAGUCAUGUCUACUCUGCUUGUGUCGACUCAUCGAGCUGCUCAAGGCUAUAGAACAUACCUUCCACAAAAGAACCAUGUUGAUAGCAGAGACUGUAAACCACAUUGUACAACAUCUCAGUGUCAUCUGUCUGAACAGUAUCGGUGUGGCCAAGAAAAGAAUUACAUCAGACAAGAGGUAUAGUGAGAGGCGAUUGGACGUUUUAUCAGCCCUGGUUCUUGCAGAAACUGCCCUGAAUGGACCCGGAACCAAGGAAAGAUGUUUGAUUGCACAACUAGCUUUGGCUCUUGGCACAAAAAUGAAAACAUUCAAAGACGAUGAGUUACAACACCUGAUGGCCACAAUGAAGAAAAUGGAGGUCAUUUGCGAUCUCAGGGAAAAGGUCAAACAGGCGUGUGACUGCACGUUCUUUUACUGGCAUCGGGUCAUUCUCCCCAACUAUUUGAUGGACAUGUGCGAGAAUGUGACGGACACACACAGGAUUCAUUACAUGUUUGGUGCUCUGAGAGACUGUGUGCCCAGAAUGACCGUCGUCAAACACAAGUCAUCACCAAGGGAACUACUGGAUGCCUACGAUAGAGAAAUCUAUGGAUACCUCAAGGAGCACCUGUUGGAUCCCCUGUGUCAGUCUAUCGAGACAGAUCUCCGUCUACAAAUCCACACCCAUCUACAGCUCGACGACCGUAAUCCAUUCAAAGUCGGCAUGAAGGAUCUCUCACACCUCCUCAAAGUCCGACCAAUCAGAUUGUUUGACAGAUUUAUCAAUAUCAAGGGUUAUGUUGAGCACUACCUGAACAAAACCUUUUACAACCUGACCACAGUGGCUCUGCAUGACUGGAAGACGUAUGGAGAGAUGAAGAAUAUGGCACAACAGAAAUAUGCUCUGAACCUGUUAGAGUCUUAUCUACCCAGCCAAACUCUCGAACAGGGAUUGGACGUGUUGGAGAUUAUGCGUAACAUCCAUGUAUUUGUCUCUAGAUACAUGUACAACCUCAACAAUCAGAUAUUUGUUGAGAGAUCCAGCAACAAUAAACAUCUAAACACAAUCAACAUCCGACACAUCGCCAACUCCAUCAGGACACACGGCACAGGCAUUAUGAACACCACGGUCAACUUCACAUACCAGUUCCUGAGGAAGAAGUUCUAUGUAUUCUCACAGUUUCUGUAUGAUGAACACAUCAAGUCAAAAUUGAUCAAGGAUUGGAAAUUCUUCAGGGAAAAUCACAUGCAAACCGAUCAAAAGUAUCCUGUUGAGAGAGCAGACAAGUUCAACAAAAACAUAAAAAAUCUUGGACUUACUCCAGAUGGAGAAAGUUAUCUGGACCAAUUUAGGACCCUCAUAUCUCAAAUAGGAAACGCCAUGGGGUAUAUCCGUAUGAUCCGGUCCGGGGGGCUCCACUGUUGCAGCAAUGCAAUCCGGUUUAUUCCAGACAUUGAGGAUAUUAUGAGUUUUGAGGAGCUGUGUAAAGAGGAGAGUUUGUCCACGGAGUGCCAGACAGCUGCUAAAAACUUGGACAAUGUGGUUGGAAAUUUAGCCAGGAAUUUUGCUGAGGGAACAGAAUAUUUCAAAAUGCUGGUUGAUGUGUUCGCCCCGGAGUUCAGAAAUCCCAAGAACAUGCAUCUGAGAAACUUCUUUGUUAUUCUGCCUCCACUGACAGUGAACUACAUUGAACAUUCUAUCAGCUGUAAAGAGAAAAUGAGUCGGAGAAACAAGGUUGGAGCAGCAUUUACAGAUGAUGGAUUUUCUAUGGGGGUGGCCUACAUAUUGAAGCUGCUAGAUCAGUAUCACGAGUUUGACUCCCUGCACUGGUUCCAGUCUGUAAAAGACAAGUACAGGGCAGAGAAGGAGAAACAAAGGCAGCUGUUGGCUAACCGAGGCGAUGAGAAAUCUCAACAGACAAUCACACUAACAGUCAAGAGGCUGGAUCAAUACCAGCAGGAAUAUGACCUUCUGAAUUACUCCCUUCGAAGUGCUAGGAUUUUCUUCCGCGCAGAUAAAACAGCUGCAGAGGAACACGAAGAAAAGAAAGCAGAAGCAGGAGGAGAGCAGGGAACCAACACUGACCAGUCUCAGGCCACCAGUCAAACAUCAGCAACCCCAGCAGAUUCCAGUGCUCCACCUCCACCAUCUGCCCCAGCCCCGCCCCCUUCCCCAGCCCCGCCCCCUGCCCCAGCUCCACCCCCUCCAGCUCCUGCACCACCACCUGGUGGUGCACCUCCACCCCCGCCUCCCCCACCUCCCCCACCUCCACCUCCCCCACCCCCUCCUCCUCCUCCGAUGUAAAGCCUGACUGGAGUAUUCCGUGGGAAAAACCGAGAACAAUAAAGGACAUGUGUGCAAUUUGUGUAGUAACAUGUACGACACAAAGACUCUUGAAACAUUCAUCCGCUACCCACUAAUGAUUUAUAAACGAAUGAUCAAUGCUGUUCAAGACGCAUCUUUUAAGGUGCUGUUUUCCACGUGGUAAUUAGCUUUCAGGCAGAAUUAAUUCUGAAGACUGUCAUUAUGUAAAUGUUAUUAAAUAAAUCAUAAUUACUCUAUAUCAUCAA